AUGGAGUCUUGAGCCUUAACAAUCUGGAGCUGGAACCUGUUCGAGGUUAUCACACCGUGCCCGAAACCGGACAUAAACAAUUAAUUAUAGCACUGGUUGGGGGAGCGGAACAGGUUGCACCAGCAGCUGGCUGCUGCAUUUUGCGCGCGCUUUGACGAAAACCGUUGUACGUGAUCGCAAUAUCUUCCAGGAUUGGUUUUUUAGUGGAAUAACUAAAGAAAUGAAGCAAAAUAAUCAAGAUGUGAUGUGAUUUUCAGUGCCAGAUCGGAUUUAAAACCACAGAAACUGGUUUGUUUGUUAAGAACAAUCAGCGACACAAGUAAAGUUGCCAUUUAUUGCACCCACGCAUUUAUAGCUUGUAGUUCCAGUUUUGGAUGAAGCAGAAACGGUGAUUAGAAUAAAGUUUACCGAUCCACAGUGAAAUUAUGUGAAAUUUAAAUCCACAAAAAUAACUAACCAGUAAUGAGUAGCAGCUGAUCCCGUGAAAAAAAAAUACACUGCAGUUAUGCAUUCCAUUUAUUCUGUUAAAUUGUCAGCAGUAGCUGUGUUGAUUCAUGGACUGAUGUUGUUUUCCAAUCUGAUUGGAAUUUCCGGUCAAACAUCUGCGGAACUGUACGUCCUAUAACACACACCUUGCGGAACUUCUAAUUAGAUACCAGAACUCAACAGCGCCAAAAAAAUUAUUUUUGCAGAGGACGACAAUUGUAAGUCAGUAGAUAACUUACCCGGCACCUGCAAAAUGCCCAAGGAUUGCCCCUGGAUACAGCCGAAUGUAAUUCAGAAGAAACUAGUUUCAAUCCGUUCUAUUCCAAGGUGUGGUUACACACUCCAUGAUGUUCUGAUUUGUUGCCCAAACGAGGAUUCUGGCAGUGGAAUCAUUACCAGCACAACACAGAGUACGGGAAGGAGGGCCACCAAGGCAUGCGAGAACUUCUCACGGGGCUCCACGCAUAUCGCACAACACAUCAUAGAGGGUAAGGAGGCCGCCGAAGGUGAAAUACCAUUCAUAGCUGCCUUGGGGUACAAAUCAACGGAACCGGAUAAACCGUACAACUUCCGCUGUGGAGCUAGCUGGAUUUCAAAAAGCUUCCUGCUGACGGCAGCCCAUUGUUUGAGAGAUCGGCCAAUCGUUGCCCGAAUGGGUACGAUCAACUUGUCCUCAUCCAGUGACUCAAACAUCCAGGACUCUGAAUUAAAGAAAUUGUACCCGCAUCCUGAUUACAAAUCGAAAAGUAAAUAUCAUGACAUCGCAUUGAUUGAGUUGGUUAGUCCGUUCAAGUACGAUGAUAAUGUCAACAGGAUUUGCUUGUACACUGACCCAAAUGAUCUAGUAGUGGACCACGUUCUGACCACAUCCGGUUGGGGAUGGAUAGAUACUGAUCAGUCGCAGUCCAGCAUACUUCUUAAAGUCGAGCUUAACACAGAACCUUUGAAGCAAUGUGCACAGCAAUAUGCAAGCGAGGUGGGCACCUUAGGCGGUAGAUUAGCUUCCGGUGUUACCGAACGACAGUACUGUGCUAUUGGAAAACUUCAAUCUUCCGGUAAACGAGGUGAUGCAUGCAUUGGAGACUCGGGAGGUCCUUUGCAUUAUAAGAAUGAAACGGCCGAUCGCUUCUUCCUGGUUGGAAUCACCUCUUUUGGUCUAGGAUGUGGCUGGAGGGCGGGAAUCUACACCCGGGUAGCGUCCUACCUGGAUUGGAUUGAAGAUAUCGUGUGGCCGGACGACGCAUCUCUCCUUGACGAUUAAAUGCAUGCGCAGCGAGGA